AUGUAUGAGCUUAGCCAAGAAGCAAUUUCUAAUAUGAGUCACAGAUUAAAUGCUUCAAAAAAACUGCUGAUUCUUCACUCUAACUUGCUUCAUCCCCUUUUCAAUGCGGAAAAAGUGGCAGAUCUACCUCACCUCACACACUUGGACUUACAUUCCAAUAAAUUUCGGUUGUUUCCUAAUGAGGUCUUUUCGAUGCCCCUUCUUAACGUUUUGGAUUUGAGCUUUAACGAAAUCAGAGUGGUUCCUGAUCGAAUUGGUCUGCUCACCCGUAUUAAACAUUUAAACCUUGAAGAAAACUGCAUUCAAAAUCUUUCAUCAACUAUAGGGUAUCUUCAUACUUUAGAAGAACCCUGCUUUGAUCAAAAUCCGAUAACUCGCUUACCUGUUGCUUUGGAAAAUUUAAAACAGCUUAAAAACACUAACUUUCCUCUCAGUUCAAUUACCCUCCCCUCGAAAGAUGUAUAUGAUUUCGGAUCCCAGCUAUGCUCUCAUUUCUUUGCAAAGGUAUCCACGUUCAUUUUCCUGAGCUUUGACUUAUUUUCUUGA